AUUUCAGCCAGCCCUGAGUGCCAAAGUCGUCGUCAUGGAACCUGAUUUGUUAGACUGGUGAAAGAAAGGAAAGAGAGAUAGAUGCAGAAAGACGGGCCGUCCCAGGUUUGACCGAUAUCCGUGUAAACCUGCCUAACCUAGUUCUAGAGCCUAGAGCAGCUAUCACAGGCACUGUUCCCCCCUUCCCACAAUAAUUAAUUGCUCGCUCAAUUUGCAGCUAUGGAGGACCGCAUUCCAAGUCUCCUCACGCUCAUCAUCACCACUUCCCCGACGCCCUCAGCCCCCGAGACCGAACUCCUCACCCAGGUUAUCGCGUCGUACCGGCGACACUGUCCCUCUCUGUUGACAUGCCGCGUCAUAGUCGUCCUGGACACCUACGACCACAUCAAACCCCGCGCCCGUCUCAAGAGGGGACAGGUAACCGCUCAGGGUGCCCAAGUCUACGACGUGUACAAGGAAAAUGUCAAGGAGCUGUUCUUGGCCGAGUACUGCCCGGAUCGUGCGCUUCCGAUACCCAUGACCCAGAGCUCCGUCGAGGCCGAAUUCGGGUUUGACGGCCGAAACAAUCCGCUCGGCAGCGCAGUCUCUGUCGCGGUUAGUCGCACGGACGAUGGUAGGGUGACCUUUGUGGAGCCGGCCGAUCGUUUGGGCUUUGGGCUUGCCGUGCGCACUGCCCUGCGCUUGACAGAGACCAGCUAUGUGUGGAUUCACCAACAUGACUGGACUCUCGUCACAGACAUACCCAUUGCCGGAAUGCUGGAUGUCAUGGAGGCAAACAAAGCAUCACCAGCUGGCCUACCUUCGACCCUCUCAUUGUCGUCCUUGUCACUGUCCUCGGCAUCAACCUCUGAAGCUCCGGCCUCAGCCCUGGAUACUGCAACGGUUGGCUCUUUGCCCGGCUCUCCCGCCGCAGCAGACACCCCCGGUGGUACAGGCGAUGAUGCCUUCACCACGGACUUGGAAUCGCCCCCUGUCAAGUACAUCUGCUUGCCGUCCUGCAGACUCCUCUCUUAUGCCGUCCAGGCGCAUGUCACCUAUCACACGGCUUUGCUACGAUUAACGCGCCAGCUCAAGCGAACCUUUAUUCCCUCGUCGUCGUCGCUGCCUCCCAUCCCCUUGACUCCGCUAUUCUUUUGGCAUGACAAGCCUCACAUUGCCGAAGUAUCCCACUACCUGGCGCGCGUGUUCCCCACGCGCCUAUCCAUGGCCAGAGGCGCCUUCAUCGAGGACACGGUGGGGCAUCGCGCCCGAGACCAGAUGAAGCUUGGCAACUGGGCCAAGUGGGCUUGCUGGAUGUACUAUCCUGACGAAGGGAAGCGACUCUGCCUGCGUCACCUGCACGGCAGAACCUGGAGGGGCUCUGUUCUGGAACUGGAGAAAAAGGAGCACCACAUCACCAUGAACAUCAAGGGGAAGAGGAACCAAAAGAAGCUGGACAAGAAGAAGGAAAAGAGAGAGGCGAACCCUGCCGACUCUGAUGAUGGCCAUCACCAGGCCACCACGGCCCCUGCGCCAAUUGAGGAGUCCCUCGGAUCUGUCGAGGGUGUUCGUGGGGGACACGUGCCGGCGACACCAGGGUCGUAGGACACGUCCCGACAUCAAAAAAAUGGAAUGGUGCACGCGGAGUAGCAGCAACAAAAGACGACACUGUUGUCAUAAUACUCUUGUUUAAGAUUCUGGAGUUGCCCGGGACGAGCGACUGUGACUAUGUCUACUACUAGUACUACCACCACCACCACCUGGCCCAAAGGUACAGCCACUUAUGUGGCUCAGUCUCCGCGACGACGCCCUAGGCGACAGCAGACCGCCAGAUCCGGUGUAGCCCGAAAUGCGCGUCGGGGACAACCGGCUCAGCAUGUCAUUUUCCUCGCACGCCUCACUCAUCUCCGUCGCCUCGGUCCUCACAGUGAAAGCACUGCGGGCAGUCAAUGGCCUCAACGUCAACGUCGGGCUCCUGGGGUGGCUGAUGAGCACCGCAGGUAGUGGUUUUGGCAGCGUCGGCACCGCCGGCACAGGCGGCCACAAUGCCCCCGGGGCGGUCAAGUUGUGUUGCCGUUCGCCGACCAGACCUUCGGCGUCCGACAUGGUCCAGCGGGAGGAUCUGGUCGUCCUCCUGCUGCUCAUGACGCUGGACUUGAAGUCGUCGUCGUCCUGUUCGCCCUGCCGCGAGGCUCGUAUGCUGAACAUCCUGGACACCCAGCUCCAUCUCUGCUGUUCCUCGGAGUCGUUCCCGUUGCCCAGCUGGUCUAGCUCCGCUGGGUUUUCCCUGGAACCAGGGGCUCCUUCUGCCGGACACCCGGCCCAGCCCAUUGUAUCCUGUAAUCUCGACUUUUCUGUUUGCGCAUCGCUGGCCACCAUCUCAUCAGUCGCCCCACCGCCCGCACCUUGUCGGGUCGCCUUGUUGCGCAGGGCCGUGACCCAGGUUUUCCACGCUGUUGGCUUUGAACCCUUUGUCCUCCUACCGUCACUUCCUUGACUGCUUCCCACCCACACCCCCACACCGACCGGCAGCAGUGGCGGCUGUGCGCCUGGCCCGGUCCCUCCUCUCCUGUCCCGCCGCCGCUUGCAAAAGAAGAAGACGCUUGUGCCAAAGAUGAGCACGCUAAUUAGGCAGGCCAGAAUUAUGGGACCGACCGGUAGCCCGUGCGAAUUCGACGACUCCAGGGGGGACGUCUUUGACAGGUCUGCGGCCUGGCUGCUGCCCCGGGCUGAUGACACUGUCGUGGCCGUCGACGAGUCCGAACGGGCAGGUGACGUCGCCUCAUCGUCUGGUAUGCGCGGCUCCGAAGCACUGUUUUGGUCGGAGGUGGGUAGCGUUGUGGCGGCGCUCGUGCCGGUCGUUGACGUGAGCAGCGUAGAUCGUGGAAGAGUCGGCAAGGACACCACGACAACACCGUUGCCACCCGCGGGCCCGGUAGGACGGGCAGGUGGAGGUGGUGGAGGAGACGGCGUGGGUUGCGGGCCGACGCCGAUUGUGACCCCGGGGCUGAGCGGAUGGGUUGGAAACAGAGUCAGGUCGAAAUCCCUCCAUCGGAUCUGAAUGGCCGGUGCUACUGUGAUCUCUACGGCGGCCGCCGCUCCGGUCUGGGUCAUACCCCACACCCCACCGUCUUUUGCAUCGGCGGUACAAGAGAAGCCACUGGGAUUUGUUAGUCGUGGGUUAGCUUGUUUGCGUCGGGAUUCAGAUGUACUCUGUCGGACGCAUGCCGUCAGAUCAAGAAAAGAAAACUUACCUGGGCACACAAAAGGCCACCGUCUCUCCAGCCUCGACUUUGGGAAAGUCAUCAGAAGUCUUGACCUGUACCGAUGUGCAGGAAGGCCCGACGACGAAGCCUGAUGGGCAGACGGCCGGUGAAUAAAAGUCGUAUGAGCCGUCGUCGAUGUUGUCCUCCCAUCUCGGGACGUUGCAGGACUUUGGUCCCUCGGUCGGAAAGGGCGGGUACUCGGACGGCGCUUCGGUGGUGCUCAGCAGCCAUGUGCUCGUGGCGCAGUUGGGAGGUGGUGUGAAUAUGGUCGUGAGCGCGGCGAGGGCCGCCGUACCGCCAUGGAGCAGGCUGUUUGAUGACAUGUUUGCGAUGCCUCUCCCAUCGGCCUCGAAUAUGACGUACGAGGGGGAGGGACCUGUCCCUUUCUUAUGGUGGUUGCUUCGCUCCGGGCUAGCUGCUUAUCGGCCGCGGUGCAUGAUGAAGUGAAAGGAAAAUCGACCCCUCUUUUUUUCUGUGUGUUCGCUUGUCUUGUCUUGUUUUGACGAUCCUCCUCUGCUUCCCAAAAAGGACCUGCCCGUCAACGUCGAGGGGAUUUAGGCGAUGAGGACAAGAUAGGCAGAGUCAAAGCAUCAAAAAUCCCCGAGUUCAAAGACGUAGGGGCUAUGGUCAGCUCGACUUUCAACGUCCUGGCGGGUCCAACCCUGGAUCUACGGUCGCCGUAGAUCGGGAUUCUCGACUCCGCUCAUGCUACCAGGUCCAGUUGAUAAUGGGCCAUGUGGUUGCAAAGUCAACCGGGGCCCUGGCCGUGGGGCUCUUGUAUGCCAUGUCCUUUCUUCAAACUGUUGACAAAAAGACGGAUCGGGCAAGCGAACCCAAGGCCUCUGCCAGGCAUGACCCGGGGCUACUGUAGCAACUUGCUGGAUGGAAAAUACCGGUACGAAAGUUGCAGCACAUGCGUACUUCGUACUGCCGCAGUACCGGUAGGCUACCUGGGCUGGCCUUCUGCCAUUGGUAGGCUAAAUCCCUGCCCACGUCGAUCAAACGGUCGGGGUGACAGACCAGGGAGGCUUUACUUUACUCGACAUAACACAAGGCAGAUUAGCCAAGCAAGCAGUACAUGUGCUACGGAGAAAUUCCGUCGGGUUGUCAUCCCAAAACAAGCAAGAUGGAUGUUUAUGUGCUCAUUUGGAGUAAAAGUUGCGAUGAUGCAAAUGAUUUUGUACAAUUGUUUGCUCCCUGGCUUUUUUUCUCCGAGUCUUGGCAAAGAGCAACAAGUACAGCAACCAAGUCGACAGAUGCUGAUUUUUCAAUCGGUGGAUUUUCCAGACUUGAAGAGUGACGGACCGAUCCUGAACUGCCAGUCAAGUCAUUCAUCCCGUCAAACCCCUUUUUCCCGUCUUUUCCUGACCAAGACACAUCCGUUGUGUGGCUAAGUUGACUGGGACCGUCUCCCUUUUACGAUUCUAAAUAUACCAAAUGUAUCUGGUACUUCGUACUGAGUGCAAAGCAGUGCUUUUUGCAAGCUGUCCAACCGGAGCAUGGCCCGCCCGCCCCUAUCCAAAAAUGAUCAUGGUCUCCACUAGCUAACUGCCUAACCAACUUGGCCUAACCUAGCUUGCCUAGCAAAGCCUGGCCCCCCACACAUCUCAAACCUGGGGCGUGGUCCUCUAUUAUGUCAGUCGGCCAAUGACGAGAUGUGGGAGGCCUUUUUCGUUGUCGCUACAUUCGCCCGAUACAAGGCAAAAAUUUAUGCAUGCGUCUUUUUUGUUUUUUUGCUUCUUCAACUUUUUUUUGUUCCCCUCCGCUUCGAUGCUUGGUCUAUUUCGCUUCCAGACUUCCUCUUCCUCCACUGCCUUUCUCCAACCCCCUCAUGCUUUUAUAUGUGGUCCCUUCCCAAAACAAAUGACGACACCGCACCAAUGCACAAAUCUUUUUUUUUUCUGUUUGUUUCUGCAUCAAACUUAUGCAAUUCUUGUUUAUACAAUCAACUGGCUGUCUGUGAUACAUAUAACAGGUUGCAGCAGGUAUACCAUCUUGGAAUUAAUACCUUCAACUUGUUCACUAGUGCUGAACGUUUCAAACUGCACCGGCUCCGUCCGCGAUGUGUUUCUCCAUGAUCGGACGAGUAUGUAGUAAAUGGCAAAACUCCACAAGAUUACAAAA